AUGGAGGUUAGCGCUCCCUUGUCGCCUAAACCUCGACAAGUAUACAAGUUAGUUCUCACUGGCGGUCCAUGUGGUGGAAAGUCAACUGGUCAGGAUCGCCUUGCUACGUUUUUCGAAAAUAUUGGCUGGAAAGUGUAUACUGUGCCCGAGACAGCUACUAUUCUACUAGGAGGACGAGUAAGAUUCGAUGAACUGAGUCAUGAUCAGGCGUAUCUAUUCCAAAGGGAUCUGUUGAAAACGAUGCUUCAAAUUGAGCAGACGUACUUCAAUCAAGCCGAAGCCAGCACCGGUCGCAAUGUUCUCAUAAUCUGUGACCGUGGAGGAAUGGAUCCCUCGGCGUACAUUGACCGCGAUUCAUGGCUUAGGAUGCUUCGCGAAAUCGGUGUGGAAGAGUUCGAUCUUCUCAACAAACGCUAUGACCAAGUGGUACACCUGGUGACUGCUGCAGAUGGUGCCGAAGAGUACUACACAUUAGCAAACAACGCAACAAGGAACGAGAAUGUUGCUGCAGCGAAAGAGCAAGAUGACAAGACAAGAAAAGCUUGGUUGGGACAUCCUUAUUUGGACAUAGUCGACAACACUGAAUGCACCAAAUUCGAGGAUAAAGUUCUCAAGCUCAUCCAAUUGGUUUGUGAUCGCACGGGUAUAGAUUCACAAGAUCGACUCAGUAAGAACAGUAGGAAACGUAAGUGGUUAGUGAGAAGCAUCGACGAGUCACGCUUCGUGAAGUAUGAACAGUUCAAUAUCGUGCACGAGUAUCUCCUUUCGGACAACACUGAUACCCAGAUUCGUAUUCGCAAACGUGAACAGAACGGUCGCUCUACUUACACCGUGACAAGGCGUGAACUCCAUCGUGGAAAGGAAUUCGUCGAGACGAGAACACAGAUAACGUUCCGGGAGUACACUCGUUAUCGGACAAUGAAAGAUAGAAGUCGGGCCUCACUUCAUAAGCAGAGACGCUGUUUCAUGGUUGGAAAUCAGUAUUUCAAUCUUGAUUUGUACACCGUUAUCCCACCGUCGGCAGCAUCACUACAGUUGAAUGGUCAUUUGAUCUUCCUCGAGACGUACACCACCAUCCCUAAAGGAGAACCAGUACCGUUGCCAGAUUUUUUGAAAAUCGAGAAGGAAAUCACCGGGCAACAGGCUUACAGUAUGUACUCAAUGGCCAGAAUGCCUAACGCUGAACGUGAGAUAGGAGAUUUUACCGGAGCCGCUGAGUUCCGAGACGACUGA